UCACAGAACAUGUCGUCAGUGCCCAUCUGUUUUCUUGUUUUAGCACUAACGAGCUCAGCAAGAGGUAUAUCAUCCAAAGUAGACUUUGAUGAAGAAGAACCAGCUGCUGAUCUAAGCAAGGACAACGAGGAUGUUGAAGUAAAACAUACAAUAGUCGUCUCAACUAAACUGAAGAACAAUAAUUACAGAGGACUCGUCAAUGGGGAAACCGGAGCUCUAACUUAUAACAUCGGCGAAAGAAAUCCAAAGAAAACACCAAAAGAUGACAGCGGUGAAGUGCCAGUAAUAAAGGCUUUCAAAUCAGCAGACACUACAGCAAUAAGGACACCAGAUACCAGACAUAAGACGCCCGUGUACACCAACUAUGUACCAACUAGUAGACACUUUAGAGAUGAAAUAGAUCUGUACCCCAAUCCACUCAAUCAAUGGAAACCGACGCCGCUGUACAAAAACGUCAACUAUUGGAAUACAGAUAGAGACUAUAUUCCUCUGAACCGACCGGACUAUGAGGUGCAUAGGAGAAUAAGUGAGGAUACAGCAAGAGACUUCUACUGCAAGAAGUGUAGAGAGAUGAAUGGUUUCAGAUGUCAGCCGAGAAACUCAUGGAUAACAGAAAGUACAACGCCGAAGAUAAAACUAGAUGGCAAAAUAGCGAAAUUAAACUAAAGGACAUUGA